AUGGAAGGCGUAUCAUACCAGAGAUUCCCAAAGAUCAAAAUCCGGGAGGUAAGGGAUGAUUUCAUGAAAUUCGAGCUACGGGAGACGGACGCGAGUAUCGCGAACGCGCUCCGGCGCGUGAUGAUUGCGGAGGUGCCGACAAUCGCUAUCGAUUUGGUGGAAAUCGAGGUGAAUUCCUCCGUGCUUAACGACGAGUUCAUUGCCCACCGUCUAGGGCUCAUUCCGCUUACCAGCGAGCGCGCCAUGGCGAUGAGGUUUUCACGAGACUGUGAUGCCUGUGAUGGAGAUGGUCAAUGUGAGUACUGCUCUGUGGAGUUUCAUCUGAGGGCAAAGUGUAUUAAUGACAACACACUUGAUGUCACUUCUAAGGAUUUGUAUAGCUCUGACCACACGGUUGUUCCUGUUGAUUUUUCGGAUUCGUCUUCUGGCUUUGAGAACUCGGAGAAUAAGGGAAUCAUAAUUGUGAAGCUACGCCGCGGUCAGGAGCUGAUUCUAAGAGCCAUAGCUAGGAAAGGAAUUGAGUUGAUGGAGAGCUUGACACCUGAUGAGAAAAGGGAGUUUGUUGAAAGCAGUCCUACCCCAGUGUUCAAAUUUGAUGAGAAUACGAAUCAGGUUCUGAUUCAUGAUGCCGAGGCAUAUACAUAUGACGAAGAGGUGAUUAAGAAAGCUGAAUCAAUGGGCAAACCAGGCCUUGUGGAAAUCCGUGCAAAGGAAGACAGUUUUAUUUUUACAGUUGAGUCCACUGGCGCUAUCAAAGCUUCUCAAUUGGUUCUCAAUGCAAUAGACGUGCUGAAGCAGAAGUUGGAUGCAGUUCGCUUGUCAGCUGAUACUGUGGAAGCUGAUGAACAGUUUGGAGAAUUGGGUGCACACAUGCGCGGAGGAUGA